CUAAGGGAGAGAAACCUGAACGGGAUCCUUCUGAGGAGUCUAAAGAAAGUGAGACAUCGUCAAAAGAAGAGGGGGAUUUUGCUGGAUUUUCUCACAACAUGGAAAAAGGCAAAUCAGAAUCCUCAGGGUUAAGCCGCGUAGAUGUUGCGCAGGCAAAUGCUAUGGCCCGUCAGCUGCAUGUGUAUAAACCUGGUAUUGACUUUGUUCCUGGAGCCAGGCUUGAAGUCUUGGAUGCACGAGACAAUAAUUGGUAUCAGUGUAAAGUUGUAGAAGUUGACUGGGGUGAACUUGACAUUUUAGUGCAUUAUGAGCGUUGGUCUAAUCGUUUUGAUGAAUGGCUGAAAAUGGAUUCUACAAGGAUUCGACCUCUGCAUCGUUAUUCAAUGAGAAAAGAGAAAAAAGGAGGAACUUUUCGUGUUGGCGACAAAGUGACAGCACGUUGGCCUGCAGAUGGUAAAAGAUACCAAGCAAGAAUAACUAAAGCACUUGGGGAUGAUCAGUAUGAAGUCUUAUUCUUUGAUGGUGUAACAAAGACUGUACGAGCUGCUAGCCUCUCGAAAUGUGAAUUGAAGCUGUUGCAGAGUCCUAGGUGUUCACUUGAUUCAAGUGGAAGUAGCAAUGAACCGGGCACAAGCAGUCCACGUAAACAGGGACUAGAUGACGAAGAGAUUAUGUUGCUGUCUCCUGCUGGGACCACAGCUAGCUCAAAUGAUUCACAACCCUCAAGUCCAGAACCAUUUCCAAGCACUAGUGAGAGUGCAAAAGGCGAAAAAGUAUCUGCAAAGAAGAGCAUUUUUGAUGUUGAGAUAAUUGAACAGAAGAGAAAACCAAAAAGGAAAGCAGUUGUAGAAGAACUCUUCCAGUCCAUAAAGAAACGCCGCAAAUUUGAACAGUCUCCACCUCCUAAGCCAUUACACAGUUGUCAUCUGGGUCAGCCAAAGAGUGCUCGUUCAAAAAAGAAACAUAAGGAUAGAUCCUCAUCUGAAAAAGGAUCUGCUGGAGGUAGUUCUUUACCAAAAUUAGGUGAAGCAUCUGGUACCUCAGAUGUUGUUAGUAGAGGUACAUGUGAGAGCCCUAUGCCAGAUCCAUCUCCAAAUACAAUAAUUGUGGAUUUGGAUGAAGGCUGGAAGAAAUGUUGUGUUCAACGAACAUCUGGUACAUCAGCUGGAAAAUGGGAUGUGUUUUAUGUUACGCCUGAGGGAAGGAAAAUGAGAAGUAGAGGAGAUUUAGCAAGGCACUUGGAGGAGGCAGGAUAUGACAUAGAUGCUGAAAAGUUUGAUUUUUCAGUCAAGAAUAUUAGAGAUCUUGUAGAAUCUCAGAAGCAGGAGUUGGAGGGGAAAGACACACAGAAAUUAGGUCAAACUGAAGAGGAAACCAAAGAUGUUGUGAAGAUAGGCAAGACUGUUAUCAUAAAAGAGACUAAGAUGAAUUAUUUCCAAAAGGAAUUGAAGAAAAAGCAACUGAAUCUAGAAUCCAAAGACCCACAAAAAACAGAAUCCAAGGACAUCCAGAAAUCUAGUGGUUCAUCAGAGGAGCAUAAAGUUACUGGAACUGAAAAGUUAGCUCAAGAAAGUAAAGCCUCUCAGAGUACUCAUGGAACUUCAAAGGAUGUAAAGUCUUCACAUUCUGUAGAAAUCAAAGUUGAAGAGGAAGAAUCAGUUUCUACAGAGUUUAAAAAGGAAAAAGGAGAACCAGAUAUUGUCAUGGAAACAGGCUCUGGGACUAAAGCGCCUACAGUGAAGAAAGCUGAUGUAAAGAUGAAAAUAGAAAUUCCAAUUAUGCCUAAGACAGAACCUUUAAGUUCAUUGUCUGCAGGAUUACUCAGUCCAUCAUCCAGGCCUUGGUCUCCAAAACAUGGUGGACUUCAGAAGUCCCUUUCUCUUCCAGAAGAAUUUGUCACAGAGGAUGAAAACCUGAAACCAACUGCACUUGCAGCUUCAUCAGGUUCAGGAACUACUCCAUUUCGUCAGGGUGCACCACCAGUUCGCCCAAAGCCAGUCGUAAAAAAGGAACCUGUGCGGAGCAAAUCAUCACCUUAUGUUGCUCCAAAUGAAUUUGUUGUUAAAUCCCAGCACAAUGAACACAAGUGUCCUAAGCCGGGUUGUUUGAAGAGUUUUCGCAAAGAGAAUCUUUUACAGAUGCAUAUUAAGCACUAUCACCCAGAUAUAUUGAAAAAAGGUAGUGCUGUGGCACCAAAUGUGGCUGACUUGGCAUAUGCUAGAACAGUAGGAGACCAUCUGGAUAUGACUAUCUCCCCCACUCAUGCUUCUGCAUUGACUGAGAAAGCUGUAAAAAUUGAAAAUUCUUCAAAGAAGUCAUCUCGUGGUUUGUUUGGAAGUCCAAGUGAAAAUCGAACAAAAUCCACAGAUAAGAAAAGUCAUUGCCCAGGUGGUUCUGUUUCUUCCACCUCUACAUCCAAAUCACAGAGAGAAGCGAGGAAAAAGGAAACCAUCAAAACGGAACCAACAAAGGGAAAGCCAACAUCCGACGAAGAGGUUGAUAUCAAGGAAGAAAUUGGAUAUGUUGAUGACCUUGAAGAGGAGGAAGAUGCCCCAGUUAUUGGAUUUCAGGGGGAGGAUCCUGAUUAUAUUCCUGGCGAAGGUGAAAUUUUGAAGAAAAAGGAGAAGAGGGAUAGAAAGAGACCCAAAGGAGACGUAAAAACCAAGAAGAGAAAAUCUGUUCCCUCAGAAAGUAUGAGUGAGGACGAUGUCCAAGAAUCAAAAGCAGUCACUAAAUACAGAUACAGCAAACGCAAGGGUCAACCCUCUUCCAAACCUAAUGUUUCAUCCUUAAAUGUUUCAGAACAAGGUGUAUCAGAGCCUAGUACAUCAAGCCCAGCCAAGAAACCCCAAAGUACCGAAGAAAACAUAAACCUCGAUGUAGAGGAAGACACUACAGACACCUGGGGGGAAGGAACAGAAAAUGCUUCUGUACAAGAAGUUCCAGCAGAAAUUAUCAAUUGUGGGUGUGGUUCCACUGAAGAAGAAGGCCUCAUGUUGCAGUGUGAUGUUUGCUUGUGUUGGCAACAUGGAGCAUGCUAUAAUAUUGAAGGGGAGGACCAAGUUCCAGACAAAUACAUAUGUUCCCUAUGUGACCAUCCCAGACUAGAGAGAACUUCCCAUAAAUUCCGACACCAUCAAGACUGGCUCAAAGAAGGUCAUUUACCAAGGUUUUCGUUUUCCCGAACUCAUGGUGACGCACGGCUUGAGUCCUGCAUUAGGAGAGGCCAUGAGCUAACUGCUAAUGUCUUACAGUUAUCACAAGUACUUCAUUCCCUAAGGCUAAAACUACACAUAGCUAAAGAGGCAGAUCACCCUAAAUUUGUCAUGUGGCAUAAAAAGUGGAAUGAGAAAGAGGAAACUGAUGAGCCAGAUAAUGGGGCAACUACCACUGGUAGUGCUGAAGUAUUGGAGCGCAUGCAGGAUCUCAUGGACAUUGUUGGGGAAGAAGGGCCAAACAUACCACAGUCAAGCAUAAAUAAUUCAAUCAUUACAGAUCCUCAGCUGUUAGCUGCAGCUAUGGAAAGUGUAAGUUCACCCCAGGCUGGUCAGUCAAAUGUGCAAAUGAAUUCUAGUGGGAAUCAGCAAGGCACUAACUUAAUAGAUCCAAUAGGUCAACCUCAAGGAGACACUCAAGUCCUAAAUCUCUCUGCUUCUUGUGCAAAUAUUCCAGACAUACCAGUGGUAGACAAAGAUCAACCAGUGGUAGACAAAGAUCAAAUGACAAAAAAAGAACUAGAUCUCCCUGCCUCUAAUAAUGAACAACAUGAGAGCCAGAAAGGUUUAGAAGCUGCUUCAACUGAGAAUGAGGAAAGUCAUGGUGCAAAAGGUAAUUUAAAUGAACAAGAAAAAAUAGACUUUAAAAUCAGUGGUAUUACUGAUCAAAAACCUGGUAGCAAUCCUGAAGAAAACCAGAGUGGAGAGCACAAAAUUAGUGAGGUUAAUGAGAAAAAUACUAGUAAAGAGAAAGAAAGCCUUUAUAUUAAAAGUGAACCCACAGAUGAUAUUGAGUCAUCCUCAGGACUGGAUGAUUUUCAGAGUGAUAACAAGGAGUUUGAUGUAAAUAAAACAGUUUUCAAAACUGAAGCAGAUAGUUCGGAAAGUGAUUGUAAAACUAAUAUUCUAGGUACAUCGUUAUCUGACGAACCUAAAACCCCAGAUAAAUUGGAGGAUAAGAAAAGUAAUGUUACAAAACCAAAAGAUGAUAAGGAAGGCAGUCAUGUUUGUGAAAGUACAAGCAAAGAAAACCAGAAAGAUAGUAGUAGUCAUAGUUUAAUUAAGGAAGAGCAAGAUGAUAUUAAAGAAGAGAUCCAACAGGAGUCCAUGGGGAAUGAGACAGGCUCCACUUCUGCAACUAGUUUGCAGUUUGCAAAAGAUGAUGAACAAUCUCAAAUGCUUCAAGAUGAUACUAAUGAUAAGAAAGUAUGCAAAGCAGAUGAUGAAGGUAGUCCAAGUACUGAGAUUAAAUUAAGACCAAAGGAAGAUACUGGGGAAAAUAUUGAAGAAAAACAAAGCUGUGAGAUUGAGGAUGAAGGUAAAGACAAGAUACCUAGAGUUGCAGAUGUAAAGGCAUCAGAAGAAAAUACCUCUGAAAAGGAUGAGAAAGAGAGUGGUAGUACUCAAGGAAAUGCCAAGAGCAGAGCAAGUAAAGAUGCCUCAGGAGCAGGUGACUUGGAUGAGUUAGAAAUAGCUGAUGUAGAUGAUAUAGAAUUGCCCCAACCAGGGGACAUGGAUGCCUCUGAUCUCACUCAUCCUGAGGGUUUAGAGGGAACAGAUGAAGUUUUGGAUGAUGAUGGUGGAGAUGAUCUUGCACUUGAUCUUGAAGGAAUAGAAGGUGCAGCUGAAGGUGGAAUGCCUGAGAAUUCUGACUUGGCUGCUCUUCUUUCAUCUCACACAGAGCUUGAACAGUUAGUGACCCAGGCGAGUUCAGAACUAUCUUCUCAUGUACCUGUUUCAGCUGGUCAUUCAGUGCCAGCACCUAUAAUUCCUGAGGCAGAAAGGAUUGAGCCAGUAAAUUGUAAAUUGAACUUACUGGAGCAUGUGCAGGUAGUACAGAGUAACAUCACUCGACGUUUUGAUCAGAUUGAAAAGCAGUUGGAAGUUCUUGAAGCAGAAAUGGGCUUGUCUGGAGACAAUGCUGAGGAUGAUGGUGAAGAAGAGAGUGAAGAAAGAGACCCAGCUACACUUCAGGCUCGUUCACUCAUCAAACUCAUUCUGAGUGACCUAAAUACUGUGAGGAAGAUUUCGGAUUUUUCUGGCUAAAAAGCAGAAAAAUAUAAACUUUCAUCAUACUGUAAGGAAAAUUUCAAUUCUUUUGUGGCUCAGAAACUAAAGAUAGCUGGAUGAGAUGAUACCAUUUCCAUUAAAGUGAUAACAGUAACCAAACACAAAGACCCACUGGGCCAUGCCUAAAAAAUAUAAGCUAAUUUUGUAUUUCCUACACGGUAUGCAAAAAUGACUUCGAGACUGAAAAAUCAGUGACCAGUGUGAAAGAUAAGUUUUCCCAUUGAUGUUAUGUGCAUAUAAUUAACCAGUUUUAUGCUGUGCUCCCAGUGCAUAUUAAGAAAAGAGUUGGGGUGCAUUGUGUUGGAGAAACAUAUGUGCUUGAUAUACAAUGUAUAUCAGACUGUGCACUGAAAAUUAGUUAUGAGUUAGCAGUGCAUCUGAAAAUAAAAAGGCAAAAGAAAAUUGUGGAAGUGAACAGAGACUAUGUUUUUAGUGUUCAAGACUUAUCAUUAAACAUUUUGAAAUCAACUAUCAAACACUAGAUAAACUUUUUAAUUUGGUGUGGAUUGUUGGAGCUGAAGUGUGAGUGAGUUUCACUGAAGUUUCAGUAUAAAUCGUUAACAUUUCUAAUACAUUGUAAAAACUGUUCAUAGAAAAGCUCGAAGUGCUAUAAAUCUAAAUUAUUUCAUGUGAGACAAUCCCACUUUUUUAUCACUGUGAAAGAUGAAGUUAUCUUUUCUCAGUGACAUUUCAUGACUUCACAGCUGUUUAAAGACUUAGUGGAAAUGGAACUCAAACUUGGAUGCUUCCAAGUACCUGACAUACAUAAGGACAGUGUGAAUGAAAACUUAUUGCCUGAUAAGAGUCAUUUAUUGGAUGAUUUUUCCGUACUGAAGAUGUUUUCAAAGUGCUGCAACAGGUUAUGUGAGAAAUCUGUUAGAGAAUUUAUAGUGUAUGUAGUAGAUACAAGUACAAUGUGAUUAAAUGCUUGCAGAAUUGUGUCAACUAUUUGAAUAAAUUAAGUUGAAGAAAAAAUGAAAUAUUGUGGAAAAUUACUGGCGCUCUAAUCCAUUCACAUAUUAACCACAAUAUUUGAAUAGACCACUGUAUAUAUUAUUUGUAAUAAUACUGCAUACACUCAGGGUCGUAUGGUAUAUUAAUAAUUCUGAAGAUGUUUAUUUGCAAAUUUUCUUACUGCAUGGGGACUUUCCUGGAUAAGAUGUAUAUUUUGUUUUGUAGUACUCCAGUAAUGUCACCCUGUUUUUUUUUUUAGAAAUUUUGUUGUUGCUAUAGUUAACAUAUUUGUUUAUAUUGCUUUCAUUUUAUACAACAUAGUUCAUGGAUGAAUUAUGUUUAAAAUAAUAAGUUGUAUGUUUUUAUAUUUUUACAGUUACACCGGAAAUGACGAAUAAAUACAGUGUAAAUUAUAACAGUGAGGAAGUUUUCCACUAAAAAUAUGAGAAUAAAAAGCAAAAAAGUAAAAAUAAUGCAUAAUUUGUAAGUUGUAAAGUUUUACAGUUACACUAGAAAUAAGUGGAAUAAAUUUAGUGUAAGUUAAUUUAGAUGUGCAAGUUUUCUACUAUAAUUGUGAAAAUGAAAUUUAAAAAAUGAAUAAAUUUAAGUUGUAUAGGUUUACAGUUACACUGGAAAUUACUGUAAGUUGUAUAAAUAAGCAACAGUAUCAUAAAAAAUAUAUACACACCUGUAGUCACAAAGAUUCAUUCCUGUAUCAGUACUGUAAAUCUUAUUGUAUCAUAGCAAAAGUAUUACAAUUAAACAUGUUUUUGUCUUACUUUUACAAAUGGUCAUAUGCUAAAUAUUACGUAUACUAAUUGCUUUAAUAGAUAAUUAUUAUUAUAAAGCAAUUUAAUGAAACCACUGAGUCACAUUGCUACUGAUUGUGUGAUUUCCUCAAAGGAUUUGUUCUUUCUUUGGGCAAAGGUUGAUAUUUUUGUGAUUAUGUGAAUAAACAGUGUAAUUUAUCAGAUAAAGCAUAUUUUCCACUUAAAUUAUGAAAAUAUGAUGGAAAAAAUAUAUAUAUACUAUAUGUAUAAUGUACAUACAAACACUUACCAAAGUAGUAUGUUGUUUGAUGGUUGAAACAGAAAAUUUUUGAAAAACUGAUGUACUGUGCAAGUCUCAUAUCCACUGCAAAUUUUGUGUCUUGUGAAAGUGGUGUAUUUUUUUUGAGCUAGUCAUUUAGAAUAAGUAUCACAUUGAUUUGUAUUAACUGAAGAAUUUGAGGAAAUAUUUAGUUAAUAACCAUACAAAAAAAUGUUACAUACUUUAGGCUAAGUUGCAUUUGGUUCAAUAGAGAAAGAUGAUUCCAUUAAGUAUUUUUUCUGAAUAAAAAGUACUUCAGCAUCAUACAUUUCCUAUAUUUUACCAAAUAAAGAAGAGAACAAUU